AUGCCCAUGUUUUGCCUCCCCUCGCCGAAAUCCCAUGCGACAAAGCCCGCCAGUCCGAACACGGUAGGUAGGGUUGCCCAGGUGCAUCAAUUUUGGCCUUCGGGUCGCCAGCGAGCAGACGGCGAGAACGAGGAGCACCCACCCCCGCCUCGAUUCAACGUAGCGGGUAACGAGAGCAGGCACAGCAGCUACUCACUUUCACAGACAAAGCUGACGCACCUCACGGCUGACCUUUCCCGCCUCCAGGUCGCCGAGCCGCAUUCCAACUGUUCCCUGCCCUUCGCUUCCGCUCCAACCGCCUCUCCUCUCGAUCCUCCAAAGCGCCGUCGUACCGCUGCCGAGAGAACUGGUCAUACGCCCAGCCUCAGCCGCGAGCCCGGGUUUUACUCGGAUCCAUCACCAAACAGCAAGGCUCAGCGCUUACAGCCCCCCAUGGACACCCCUUCCCAAUUCUUUAAUGAAGCGGCAUACGACGAUCCGAGCCGCGACGGAUAUUUCGACACCGAAAACAUACCCGGCCUCAAGACGGAACCAGGCGUCGACGACACCACAAUCUUCCUCAACCAACCGAACGAGGUACUGCUGGCGGCACAGCUGCUGGCAUCGAAGAGCUCCGCGCAAAAGGCAGCGUCGAACAUUGAAGGCGACCCUGCACAACCAAAACUGGAAACCGACACGAUGAAUCUGAGGAACCGCCGGUCCCAAAGACACACCCGGGGUUCGACGGCAACGGUGGACUCGCAGGCGUCUUCCACACAGCGGUCGACGCCCCCCGCUCUGGUACAGGCCUCGAGCAGAUCAACCGACCCCUCUGCCGAACCUCCUCCAGCCCUUCCGAAAAAGCAGCAAAAGCGAAAGAAGAGUUCGGCCAGCUCGGUGCCGUCUACCAAAGACGACCCCAAGCGUGAUGUGUUCUUGCAGAGAAAUCGAGUGGCCGCGAGCAAAUGCCGGCAGAAGAAAAAGGAGUGGAUGAGUGAACUGCAGGACACGAAGCAGGAACUGGAGAACCACAACAUGCAGUUGCAUGCCGAGUACAAUGGGCUGCUGGGCGAAAUCACCAGGCUCAAGGAUCAGCUCAUGUCGCACGCGCCCUGCAACGACCGCAACAUCGAUCUCUGGCUCGAGGCUGAAGCAAGACGGUUUGCGCAGAACUCGAGCAAGAGGUUCAACCCGGCUCACGGGGCCACUUUGCCCUCCGAGCAGCAGCUGCCUCCGGGGGCAAUGACCCUGCCUCCUAGCCACUUGGCGGUGCCUUCAACUCAUCUAUCAAUGAGCUCCAUGCCGAUGGAUCCAAAUCUAGCGGCCGUGACCUCUGGCGCUGUAGGAGGCGGCCAGAUCAACUAUGAUCACAUGCCGGACAGCAUCUUCGAAGAUACCUCGUGA